AUGGAUAUUAUUUCAAAAGCAAAAGAAUAUGUAAUGAAAGAUAUGAUAAAUAAUGACCCAAGUCAUGACUGGGCACAUGUAGUAAGAGUUAUCAACUUGGUGGAGACCAUUGCAAGAGAGGAAAAGUAUUCAGGUGAUAUGGAGAUUCUUCUUUUAUCGGCUAUCUUGCAUGAUGUAGGUGAUUGGAAGUACUCUGGCAAUGAAAAUGCUGCGACCAACGCUAUCGAAGCUUUUCUUUCAUCGAAUAGCUAUCCCUCCGAAAAGAUUGAUCGUAUCUGUAAGAUCGUAGAUGAUGUAUCAUUUAAGAACGAACUAGGUAGACCAACCGAUUAUAUCUAUUCAAAAGAGUCAAAGAUUGUACAAGAUGCUGAUAGAUUAGAUGCAAUCGGUGCAACUGGUGUCGCUAGAACAUUUGCAUUCGGAGCUACCAAAGGUUCAAAGUUUUAUGGUGAGAACUCAUUUGGAAGAGAGAUUGUUACUGAAAUGAAAAAAGAAGAAUACAUGGGAAAGAAAGGUGAACCUACUGUUGAUCAUUUCUAUGACAAGCUAUUUAGAUUGAAAUCAAUGAUGAAAACCGAGACCGGUAAGAGAAUGGCAGAGAAAAGACAUCAAUUCAUGAUUGAUUUCAUUGAACAAUUUAAUUUAGAAGUUAGAUCAAUCAAUUAA